CUUCCGUCGGAUGGACGUCCGUCCACAGCUGGCGGCCCUUGAGUGACGCGUAGGCUUGGGAGCGUCAAGCAUGGACGACCAUAACCUGGAGGAGUUCCGCCGGCGCUGGCAGGAGGAGUUGGCGCAGUCGCAGGCGCUGAGGCGGCGGCGGCGGCUCGAAGCUGGGGAGCGGCGGCCGCGGAGGCCCGAGGGGGGAGCGCGAGGCGAGCCGGCCUCGGGGUACCUGGGGCUGGCGCAGGGUCUGCUGGAGGGCGCGGGCCGACCCCCGGCGCCUAGGCCCGGUCGGGCGGACAGGAAGGAUGCGUCCAGCCGUUCGCGCUCACCCCCGGCCCGCGACGCCACAGAGCCUGAGCCGCUGGUGGACCAACUCAUCCGCGACUUGAAUGAAAUGGAUGAUGUGCCCUUCUUUGAUGUUCAUCUGCCAUAUGAACUGGCGAUCAAUAUAUUUCAGUAUCUGAACAGAAGAGAGCUGGGUCUGUGUGCUCAGGUGAGCAAGACAUGGAAGGUGAUUGCUGAAGAUGAGGUGCUGUGGUACCGGCUGUGCCGACAGGAGGGGCACCUUCCCCAUAGCAGAUUCUCUGAUUACACCUGCUGGAAGCUCAUCUUGCAAGAGUGCCUUGCCAAGGAACGCGCGUUAAGAGCCAACUGGAAGAAUCGAAAAGGUGCCGUGAGCGAGCUGGAGCAUGUUCCCGAUGCUGUUUUGUGUGAUGUGCGUUCUCACGAUGGUGUUGUCAUCGCAGGAUACACGUCAGGGGACGUGAGGGUGUGGGACACCCGCACCUGGGACUAUGUGGCCCCCUUCCUGGAGUCUGAGUCUGAGGAGGAGGAUCCUGGAAUGCAGCCAUAUGUCUCCUUUGUGAGGAUCAACAGCUCACUGGCAGUGGCGGCUUACGAGGAUGGGAUCCUUAACAUUUGGAACUUGAGAACCGGGAGGUUCCCUAUCUUUCGUUUUGAGCAUGAUGCAAGAAUACAAGCCCUUGCACUGAGCAGGGAAAAGCCCAUUGUUGCCACAGCUUCUGCUUUUGACGUUGUGAUGUUGUACCCCAAUGAAGAGGGGCAUUGGCAUGUAGCCUCGGAAUUUGAAGUUCAGAAACUGGUUGACUACCUUGAAAUAGUUCCAAAUACUGGGAGGUACCCUGUGGCAAUAGCCACGGCUGGGGACCUGGUGUACCUGCUGAAGGCCGAGGACUCAGCCAGAACCCUUCAUUAUGUCUAUGGCCAGCCUGCCACAUGUCUGGAUGUCUCAGCCAGCCAGGUUGCCUUUGGAGUGAAGAGUCUGGGAUGGGUGUAUGAAGGAAACAAGAUCCUGGUGUACAGCCUGGAAGCAGAACGCUGCCUCUCGAAGCUGGGCAACGCACUCGGAGACUUCACCUGUGUCAACAUCCGGGACAGCCCUCCCAACCUCAUGGUCAGCGGCAACAUGGACAGGAGAGUAAGGAUCCAUGACCUUCGCAGCGAUAAGAUCGCCCUGUCACUGUCUGCCCAUCAGCUGGGGGUGUCCGCAGUCCAGAUGGAUGACUGGAAGAUCGUCAGUGGAGGCGAGGAGGGGCUAGUGUCUGUGUGGGACUACCGAAUGAACCAGAAGCUCUGGGAGGUGCACUCCAGGCACCCUGUGCGCUAUCUCUCCUUCAAUAGCCACAGCCUGAUCACCGCCAACGUGCCCUAUGAAAAGGUGCUGCGAAACUCCGACCUCGACAACUUUGCCUGUCACAGGAGGCAUCGCGGCCUGAUCCAUGCCUAUGAAUUUGCUGUGGACCAGCUGGCCUUUCAGAGCCCCCUUCCUGUCUGCCGCUUACCCCGUGACACUGUGGCUGGAUAUAGCUAUGACCUCGCACUGUCUUUCCCCCAUGACAGUAUUUAGGGUGUCACCUCAUGUAGAUGUGGAAAGGGUGGUUUUACAAAUGUUAGAGCUGGAGGGAGGCUCUGCAGCAUAUAGUGAGAGUUUGGGGACAAAGUCCUAUGUGCCUGCAGCCACACAGCCCUGUUGCCCUGUGCAGGCCCUGUACAGAGCAGACUCCAUUGCUGCUCUCCUCCUCCUCCUCCUCCUAGGGCUUUGGUAGGACUGGCUGAUGACUCAGAGUUAACCUUUCCAGGGGUGGCUCCUCCCCCCCAGCCUGUGGCAGCAGUGACAUCCUCCCUCGUUCCACAGGCCAGGGACAUGGGGCCUUCACUCCCACUAGUCUCCUGGGUGUGGUGCUGAGGGUGAAACUCAGAGAGUCUCACACAUGUAGGCAAGAGCUCAGCCUCCAGGUUGCUUCCCCAGCUCACAGUGGUCUCCUGACCCCGCCCAGUCCAUAAUUAUAGAGCCGCCCUUACCUGUGAGGAGUGUUGCACUUCACUUGCUGUUCUGUCCUGACCAUGUGCGAUGAAAGAGACAGCCAGCCUUCCCUGCAGAGGGAAGAGCCAUUGCACAGGGAUGGGGCUGGGGUCAGUUUCCCAGCCUAGCCUGUGCUAUCUUCCCUCAGCAGUUGCAGCGCUCUUGAAAAACACAGCCAUAGCUCACCCACUCUGCCUUCAGAGUGUCUCGGGCAAAUCCACACACAGUAGCCAGGAGACACAGUCAAAGCUCUUCAGAAUCCCCACAGACCAAGCACCUAACACACACCUGCACAGAGGCCACCAGGUCUCAGGAGGCAGAAUCCCUCUCCCAGCGAUUCCCAACUCCAAAAACAAGUGGACUGGUAGACUCCACAUUGGGUCUGCCGAGAGCAAAAGAAAAAAGGGGGUGGGGGAGAGUAGCGCUCCAUGGGGUGGAGUUCAAGUUAGCAACAAAAAGGCUGGAAGGCCUGAGAUGGUGUGCACCCUCAGAGGGAAGGGACUGACCACCCUCACCCAGAGUAAUGCUGAGAGCCAGCAAAGAAUCCGUUCUCACUGUGCCCUGGGGGCCUGUUCUUGUGUGCUGGGAUGGAGUCUGGUGGUUUUGUGGCAUGAUCUCAGAUCACGACAUUGAGGCCUCAGACGUCCACCGUCUGCUGCACAGGACACAGAGCUGGUUAAGGCUGAGGCCUCUCUCCCCUUGCAGAACCCUUCCACAGCACUUCAAAGUGCUCAGGGCAGCUCACCUUCCUCUUGCUGGGCUGGCACCCCCUACUGGCCUGGUCUUGCUAGUCUUCACUGAAGCCUUCCCAGUCCCAAAGCUGUCCACUGGAGACAUUUCUGUCAGAGAAAUUGGCUCUGCAGUCAGCUCCCUUCCAGGCUUCGCAGACACGAAAGGCCACUGAAGAGCAGAUGCAGAAAUGACUAGAGUAGUUUCAAGCAUACAUGCCCUCCUAGCCCCCAACCCCCUCCCCCAUUUAGGAAAAGCACCAAGCUGCUCUGCUGUCAGCCUCCUGAAGACACCCCUCCCCGCACAGAGCGUCAGAUCUGUCCUCACUGGCUCCUGAAGUUGCCGCCACUGCACCUGCUCACAGGGUGGGGGACAGGUGGUCUCCGUUAGCUCCCAGCCAGAAGACACAUCCCUGGGAGCUAGAGGUAGCCACACAUGUGCAGCUUGCCUUUUGCCUUAAGCGGCCAUGUCUGCUCUAUUUGCUCUAUUAUUAAAGGUCUGGACUUACA